GCGUGGGUGCCAAAUUUGCAAUAGGGUUGGUCACACUGCAGCUACAUGUUUCGACAGGGGUACUUCUCCUAUGCCCAUGUCUCAGCCUAUGUAUCAGUCUUACCAGUUUCAGGCUCCUGCUCCUGUUCAACAAUAUCAGUCUCAACAAUUUCAAGCUCCUGCUCCGAUUCAACAAAUGCAUCCACCCUAUGUGCAGCAUCAGAACAUGUCACAACAAGCUACUUCUCCCGUUGCUUUCACUGCAAGAACUAACUUCUCACCUUCUGCACCUCCGCAAGAGUAUUGGCUGCUUGAUUCUGGUGCUACCAAUCAUAUGACCUCUGAUCUGUCCUGUCUACAAGCUCCUACCCCAUAUCCAUCCACUAAAACUGUAACUGGGGUUAAUGGACAAGGUCACCAACAAGGUUCUCUUUCAAGGACUGAGUAACAAUGCUGUUUACCCACUUCCUUUGCUCAAACAACCAUAGGUCAAACCUGCUGCUUAUCUUGGCCAGAAAGUUAAUACUACCCUGUGGCAUUGCAGAUUGGGUCAUCCCACCAAUUAUGUAGUUCAAUCUGCUCUUAGUAAGGCAGAUAUUUCUUUCCAUUGUCAUUCUGUUCCUCAACCAUGUACCUCUUGCUUACAAGGCAAGUUUACAAAAUUACCAUUCCCAUUAGCAGCAUCUAAGUCCAAUGUACCAUUUGAAGUCAUUCACACAGAUGUGUGGGGCCCUGCACCUAUCAUGUCUAUAGAGGGUUAUAGGUACUAUGUGUCUUUCAUAGAUGAAUGUACAAGAUAUACAUGGAUUUUUCCAAUCAUGAAUAAAGCUGCAG